UUCUGCGACAACAAAAGAUGGCCGCAAGUAAAGGGCGAUCUGGCAGGAACAAACAAAGCAAACAAAAGUACGACACUGAAGGUGGCAGGCGUCAGAGUUCAGUCCUCAAGCGUCCGAGUGCACGUGCAACUGUUGAUCGUCCGUCUCGUGGUGGUUCCGGUGGUGGUUCUGGCGAUCCUCGUAGGCCCUCUACUCAAUCAACAGGAUCAACAAUCUCGCAGCAUGCUACAGCAGCCCAACGCUGGUUUUACUGUGCGUUUUUUGAGUUUAUCUAGACUUUUCUUUCGCUCGCAUCAUA